AUGAAGGCCAAAAGCAAAGGAGCCAAACGCCGGCACGCGGUCCAGGAGGAUGCUGCUUGCCAAGAGCCAGCCCAGAAGAGAGACGAGCUUCUGAAAUGUUCGCGGCGCCGGGAGAAGAGGAACAAAGAGAGCGCCAAGAGUGCCGCGCGGUCCACAAAGCUUCCCUGGAGCAGUAAAGACAGGCGGCUGCGACGCCUAGAGAGCAACGAGCGAGAGCGCCAGCGCAUGCACAACCUCAACAACGCUUUCCAGGCCUUGCGGGAAGUUAUCCCGCACGUCCGGGCGGAGAACAAGCUGUCCAAAAUUGAGACCCUCACCUUGGCCAAAAACUACAUCAAAUCUCUCACCUCGACGAUUCUCAGGAUGUCAAACGGGCACCUCCCUCCUGCAGUCGACGGGUCCAGUUCUGGCAGCCGAUCCAAACUCUAUGAACAUUAUCAGCAGCAGUGCGGGGAGGAGGAGUCGACUGAGCAGUUUCAGAAGUACUCGACCCAGAUCCACAGCUUCCGGCAAGGCAGCUAA